UUAUAUGUUGAUAGCUUUGCAGCAUGCAAAUGUUUCACUUAUGAUUACUGCAACAUGAACCAAUGAAACAACAUGAAAUAAGAAGUCUUGAGCGGCCUCCCUUGGACACGUCAACAAGAUAUCCUUGAAUAUAUGUACUUGCAUCCUAGAGGUAUCAUGUGCCCUUGAUAUCACAACCUGCAACCUCCUGAUGGUUAUUCAGCAUCUUGAUAUUUUCUUGAAAAAAAUGUUUCCGAUUUCUCUCUUGGUGGCCAUCAUGGUUUUUCAAGGAAUAGUUGCACCAGCAAUUAUCAAUCCAGCCAAUCAAAUUGCUGCUAUUGAUGAAAGGGGUCUAUUGAAAUCUGGUCACCAGCUCAUGAAGCGUACAGAAAAUCCUGCAAAAGAUCCAUCCAAGUUAUGCCGGGUCUGUGGAAUACCUGGUAGAGUAGAGGGAAAGGAGCAAUGCAUAAUUUGCAACCAAAAACCUGAUAGUGGUAGUUUGUCAUUUCUACCCCAAUGCUGCAAUCCUGAGUGCAAGAAGCAAGGCAUUAUGAAGUGGACGCCUGGGACAACAUGGUAUCAUUGCCCUACAUGUUAUUCCCGUCUUAGUGUGGCUGCUAAGUUGAAUCACUAGUGAUGAGAUCAAGUCCUUCCACACAUCCAUCACCAAAGGAAAAAUUUGGUCAGCAUGCAAGUAAAUAUGCAGUCUAAAGUAGCAAUCCUCUAUUUAUCCUUAUAUCCAAUUUCAUCAUAUGCUUUCAAAAAGUUGUUCACAUCAUUCUCUAUUUGCAAGUUUAUCCUUACUUAUCUCUAUGCUCCCAAGAAAUACAAGAAGAGAUGAAAUCACAAAUACUGUCCUCUUCCUCUUC